AUGAAGUUUUCGAUUACUUUGUUGGCGUUGUUCGUACUUUUGGGAUUAGUUUACAUAGAAGGAGUUAAGUCAUCAUUAUUGGGCGGCGGUGGUGGUGAUCGUUGCGGUAAUAGCGGUGGUGGUGGUGGAAGCGGUGACGGUGGAAGUGGUGGUGCUGGAAACGACGGUAACGCUGGAAACGGUGGUGGCGCUGGAAACAGCGGUAACGCUGGAAACGGUGGUGGCGGAUGUGGGGGUGGCAGAUGUGGGGGUGAAAGCAAUCAGGAACCAUCUUUAUUAGAUCUUAGCUUAGGGGGUAAAACGAUACUUUCUUUAAAGUAA